AUGGAUGCCCCAAGUACAGUCCUUGAAGCCUCCUCUUCAUCCUCACCCUCCAUCCCCUCUACAGGACAUCGGGAAUACGGCGUGUUCUUGAGCUUUAGAGGUGAAGACACACGCCACACCUUCACAGACCACCUCUACUGCACAUUAGUUGACUACGGGGUCAAAGUCUAUAUGGACAAUAACGACAUAAGAAGAGGGGAAAACAUCGCAGACGAACUAAAGCAAGCAAUCGAACGGUCUAGGAUCUGUGUUAUCGGGCCAAUGGUUUUGCCAAUUUUCUACGAUGUUGAUCCUGAAGAUGUCAAGAAACAAACUGGUAGUUUUGAAAAAGCAUUUCAGAAACAUGAACUCUGCUGCAAUGGAGAUGAAGAUAAGGUACAGAGGUGGAGAUCUGCGUGUACAGAAGCUGCAAAGUUGGCUGGCCUGAAUCUUAGAAACACUGACGGGCGUGAAGGACAGUUUAUAAGGAAAAUUCUCGGCGAAAUCACUAGAACACUGAAGAACACAAGCUUACAUGUAGCCACCAACCCAAUUGGAAUAGAUUCCCGUGUGAAAGAAGUCAGUAAUUAUUUGCGUGUUGGAGGAUCAGAUCAUGAUGUUCGCAUUAUUGGCAUUUUGGGUAUGGGUGGAACGGAAGUGAGGAAAGGGGAUAUGGUUGAAUUGCAAAAUCAACUUAUUUGUGAUAUCUUGAAACCGGCCAAGAUAGAGGUAAGAAGUGUCGAUGAAGGAACUAGGAAGAUAAAAGACGAACUUGGCAACAGAAAGAUGCUUGAAGCGGAUGAGACAUAUUUGGUACCACCAAUGAGUGAAGAAGAAGCUUUUCAGCUCCUUCGUUGUCGUGCCUUUACUGAGCAUCAUCCUAGUGAUGAGGACUAUGUCAAGACAAUAUUGGAUGGCUGUGACUUCGAUACAGAAAUAGGAAUUGGAGAACUCCAUGAUCAAUGCCUUGUAAGUGUUGAUGAAAAGAACAACCUGGAAAUGCAUAAUUUGCUUCGAGAUAUGGGCAGAGAAAUCGUACGUGAAGAAUCCCCUAGCAUCAUAGGAAAACGUAGCAGAUUGUGGAAUCCUGAAGAUGUAACAGACGUAUUGAGGAAUGAAUCUGGAACAGCGGAAAUUGAAGGGGUCACAUUAGAUUUGCAAGGAUCUCACGAGCCUAGCUUCAGUGCAGAAGCAUUGAAAAAUAUGCAGGGACUCAGAUUGCUCAAACUCAAAGGUGCAAAGUUCACGGGAGACUGCAAAGGUCUUUCCAAAAAGUUAAGAUUGUUGUGUUGGCCAGAGUUUCCUCUAGAAGCCAUACCAGAAGAUUUCAAUCCUCCAAACAUAGUUGAUAUUGACCUAAGUCGCGGCCACAUACAAGUUUGGAAGGAUUCUGACAUGCCACUUGAGAAGUUGAAGUUUCUUAAUCUUGGUUAUUGCGAUCGCCUGAAACAAUCACCAGACUUUUCAAAACUCCCAAAUCUCGAGAAAUUGAUACUCCAAAGCUGCAAGAGUUUGUCUGAGAUUCACCAUUCUAUACUACAACUGAAAGCCCUUAAAGAUUUGUGCCUUGCGUACUGCAACUUAACUGAUGAAGCAAUUCCUGAAGAUCUUGGGGAUCUAUCUUCUUUAGAAGUUUUAGAUCUAAGAGGCAAUGAUUUUAAUAAGCUACCAACCCUCAGUGGCCUUUCCGAGCUUCAAACUUUACAAUUGGAUUAUUGCUCAAACCUUACGGCGAUCCCUGAUUUACCAACUAAAUUGGAAAUCCUGCAAGCGGAUGAGUGCAUUGCAUUGGAAGAAAUGCCAAAUUUUUCAGAAAUGUUGUGCAUGAUAGAGCUGCAUCUGAAUCACUCCCCAAAACUUACUGACAUUCCAGGCUUGGAUAAAUCGAUGGUCUCCAUGACAAAAAUUGAUAUGGAAGGGUGCACCAAUCUCACUGUUGCUUUUAAGGAAGUCCUACAGGAAUGGAGAGCAAGCCGAAAUGGUUACCUUUCGCUUCCUACAGAAGAUUUUCCUUUAUUGGUAAGGCGUGUCGACCCUGAGGGUGAAAUACUUCGUAGUUCCCUUCGGGCUUGA